GAAUUGGAGUGGGGGGGGGGAGUAAAUUUGUUUAUAACUUAAAAAGCACAAGUUAUUUACCACGAUGUUCCUGCAAUUCUAUUUGAACGAGAAUGGGGAGAGAGUUUACACAUUGAAGAAGGUGGAUCUAUUGGGCCAGCCCACCAGCUCUGCCCAUCCUGCCCGCUUUUCGCCUGAUGACAAGUUCUCCAGGCACCGGGUGACCCUGAAGAAACGCUUCGGCCUCCUCCUGACCCAGCAGCCUAGACCCAUACUAUGAUUGAAGCAUGGAACAACACUUUCCCAAUAACUUAUGGCUGAUUAAUGCAAUAUGGCUGACCCAAACUGUAGGCUUGGAUAUUUUUUUUCUUCACAUUGUCCUUUCCAGCAUGCUGUGAUAUGUAAUCAGUACAGCUCAGCUUUGUCAUGUAUGUGUGAAUCAGGCUUUGAUUCACACAUUAUCAAUUGAUUUGAGAGGCUCGCUCCUCCAUUGUUUGACAGACAUGGGCCAAAGGGGUGUCGAUGGCUAUUGUUUGUUGACAUCUGUUUAGGAUGUUCGCUUGGGGCUAGCCUGAGAUAUCUGCUUGUGAAAGUCUCAGGCUGGCACCUAUAUAGGUUGUUUGAUCUGCUAGAAUGAUUUUUUAAAUUUAGUUUGUUUUAUUUCUGUCUUGUUUACAGAAGACUUAUAAUUUUGGACAUCACAUUCUACAUUGUGAUUCUCCUGUAAUGUGGUUUCAGAGCUGUCAAAUUGAGGUGUACUAUUGUCAAUAUGUUCUGAAGAUGUCUUGGAGAUGGAGAAUAAAUGAAAUGUGGAAAGU